UUCUUGAAAUUUUAAAUAUCUCCAAUAAUAAAGAAAAAGUUGCAGAAAUAGAGCCCAAUAGUGAUGAUGAGAAAACCAUAAUAGACUAUUCUGCUUCUGAUAUUGAAAACAAAGAUAAAGAAAAAUUUGAACACAUUGAUAAUCUUAACAAUAGCUUUG